UGUUUUUGUUGGAUUUUUCAAAUUAUAAAUAGCUUUUUGAGAUCAUUAUUCCCUAGUCUUUCUAGCUCUACUUGUUUUUCGGUGCAAGUAAUUGCUGCCAUCCACCACCAUAAGCUAAGUAAUUCCCCCACAUUGUAAAAACUUUGGGAAAAAGUCUUAAUUUCUUCUUCAAUUUAUAGGCAAUAUGAAGACAUAAGAAUUGAAAAGUAGAAAGGAAAACAAUAGGCAUAAAGAUGAAGCACAGAAUUGGCCUUCAACUUUUCCCUCUAUUGUCUUCUUCUUCUUCUUCAGAGUUGCGCAGUAGUGAUCAUUCUGUGGCAUGUUCGUCCACAAGAAAGCAGAUCACAAUUUUCUACAACGCACAAGAUGGGGAAUGUGAUACAUCUGAACUUCAGGCCUUAGCCAUCUUAUGGCAUGCAAGACGUGAAAUGGAAGAAAAAUAUAAUACGAGUGCGUCAAAUUUGAGAGCACCAUCUCUGCAGUUUCAAUUGCAUAGCCCUUAUAAUGGGCUGUCCCUAAGAAAAUCCCUACAGAGGUUUCUGCAAAAGAGAAGAGAAAGGAGGAUUCAAGCAGCUAAUCCAUACUAAAAGAAAUGAUGAUGAUCAUAGGCGAAUUCAGAAUUGAGAAUUUAGUGAUCUAGAAUGUGUAUGAUUUUGCGAUAUGCGGAUACUUCAAUUUUAUUUCUGCAUAUGUAUCUGCAUUUCAAACCAAAAACAGGGAUUUCAGUUGAUGAUGCUGAUUCCUGAUUAUCGAAAUUUCAUCCUAAUUACUAUCAAAAUUUCAUCAAUAUGGAGUGGAAGGUUGGAUCACCUGUA